UAUUACCAAAAAAACACUUGUUAUAUCUGCGGUAAUGUUUAGCUUCGGAAACGUGUAGUAUGUGCAGCAGCUUUUCUUUGCAUUAGUUUUUAAAAAUCAUUAUGUAUUACACACCUUCAGAUGUUACAAUGAACGAGUUAUGAUAUGGAACAGGUGGCACUUGCUGCAUUGGAUCUUAAAAGAGGUACAGAGGGAGGAGGACCAGCAGCUAAUGGUGCUGCUGGAGGAGCGAACAGCAAUGUCAGUAAUGCAUGGGCAUCCACCCUUGCUGCGACAAAAACAGUCAACACAAUUAACAAAAGAAGGCCCGUUAAGCAACAGGCUGCUUCUAGACCAAGACGGGCUUUAUUUUGUUUACAGCUCAGUAACCCUGUUCGCAGAAUAUGCAUUAAAGUGGUGGAGCUCAAGCCUUUUGAGUACUUCAUCCUCAUAGCUAUCUUUGCCAACUGCUGUGCCUUAGCUGUCUACACGCCAUAUCCCAUGGGAGAUUCAAACAGUAUCAAUGAAAGCCUCGAAAUAGUAGAGUACGUGUUUCUCGUCAUCUUCACAGUGGAGUGUUUCAUGAAGAUCAUAGCCUACGGACUGUUCAUGCACCAGGGUGCCUACCUGCGCAACGGAUGGAACUUGCUCGAUUUCGUCAUCGUCAUCAUCGGCAUAAUCAGCACGGUGCUGUCCUUCUUUGCGCUGGAGGGAUUCGACGUCAAGGCUCUCAGGGCCUUCAGGGUGCUCAGACCCCUCAGACUGGUGUCUGGCGUACCCAGUUUGCAAGUGGUGCUAAAUGCGAUUGUGAAGGCGAUGGUGCCUCUGCUGCACAUCGCUCUCCUAGUAGUCUUCGUCAUCAUCAUCUACGCCAUCAUCGGACUGGAGAUGUUCGCUGGCAAACUGCACAGCACAUGCUUCUACCCCGAUGAUGACGGCAACCUGGUGGUGAUGAUGGACGACCCCCGACCGUGUAAUAAAGAUGGUGACGUCGGGUUCAAGUGCGACAACGACAGUACAUGUCUAGACGGCAUAUGGGAUGGACCUAACAAGGGCAUCACUAACUUUGACAAUGUCGGACUGGCUAUGUUGACUGUGUUCCAGUGCGUAACUAUGGAAGGAUGGACAACCAUCAUGUACUGGGUAAAUGACAGUGUUGGUCAGUCGAUGCCUUGGAUCUACUUUGUGUCAUUGAUCAUAAUUGGGUCUUUCUUCGUCAUGAACCUUGUCUUGGGUGUACUCUCAGGAGAGUUCUCUAAAGAAAGAGAGAAAGCGAAAGCCAGAGGAGAGUUCCAGAAACUGAGAGAAAAAAACCAGCUGGAAGAAGACUUGAAGGGAUAUCUAGACUGGAUCACACAAGCUGAAGUGAACGGAGACGACGAGCCUGAAGAUAAAGGCGAGGCUGACAACUCCUCAGAAAAAACUGGAGACGAUACAGGGAGUCAAGAGAUAGUUCCCAAGUUCAAGUGGCUCAACCAGAAGAUGAAAUCAUUUGGGAGGGCCAACAAAGCAUGCAGAAAGAGGUGCCUUCAGAUCACGAAGAGUUCGGCAAUGUACUGGUUCAUUAUAGUAAUGGUUUUCUGCAACACAUUCGUGCUGGCUUCCGAACAUCAUGGACAGUCGAAAGUACAACAGACGUGCCAAUUGUUCGCCAACGUGCUGUUCGUGUGCGUCUUCACAGCCGAGAUGCUUCUCAAGAUGUACAGUCUAGGCCUAGACACCUACUUUGUCUCCCUGUUCAACCGAUUCGACACAGUUGUCGUAUUCACCAGCAUCCUCGAAUUGGUUCUAAUGUCAGCCGAGUUGAUGCCUGCAAUCGGAGUCAGUGUGUUGAGGUGUAUCCGACUCCUGAGGAUCUUUAAGGUGACGAAGUACUGGACCUCGCUACGGAACCUGAUCUCAUCUCUUUUGAACUCGCUCAGAUCCAUUAUGUCUCUGCUUCUUCUGCUGUUCUUGUUCAUUCUGAUUUUUGCACUACUCGGAAUGCAAGUGUUUGGCGGAAAGUUUAACAGUUUGAACGACAAUGAAGAGAAACCGAGAAGUAACUUCGACACAUUUUGGCAGGCACUGGUCACAGUGUUUCAGAUUCUGACGGGCGAGGACUGGAAUGAGGUGAUGUAUAAUGGAAUAGAGUCCAUGGGGGGAAUCAGAGACCUCGGCUUUGUAGCCUGUAUCUACUUCAUAGUCUUGUUCAUUUGCGGUAACUACAUCCUCCUCAACGUCUUCUUGGCUAUCGCAGUCGACAAUCUCGCAGACGCCGACUCACUCGGAAACGCACAAGAAGAGGCAGAAGCUGCUAAAAAGAAAAAAGAAGACAGAGAAAUAGCUACCAUUUCUGGGAAAGCGGAACGAACAGAUCAUGACGACGCUGAAAGUGGUCACUUAGCAGAAUCUCACUUAGCAGCAGAUGGUGAGUUGGAACAGGAGAUGAUGGACGAAGAGGAGAUGCCGUCCGGUGCUAGGCCGAGACGGAUGAGUGACAUUGAAAAAGUGAAGACGAAAGUGAAGCCCAUUCCAGAGCAGUCUAGUCUGUUCAUAUUCUCAAAGACAAACCCGGUGCGGCGUCUGUGCCACACGAUCAUCAUCCACCCCUACUUCGGCAACUUCACCCUAGUCUGCAUCAUGGUUUCCAGCUCACUCCUCGCUGCCGAGGACUCCGUCAACUCAGACUCUCCCCGCAACUCGAUUUUGAAACUGUUCGACUACUUCUUCACUGGAGUGUUCACCAUUGAAAUCAUCCUGAAGGUACUAGCCUAUGGCUUCAUCCUGCACAUUGGUGCCUUCUGCAGAAGCGGCUUCAACCUCCUCGACAUCCUAGUCGUCGGAGUCUCACUCAUCUCCAUUUUCGCAAGCUCCGAUACGAUUUCGGUUGUCAAAAUCCUGCGUGUGCUAAGAGUGCUCCGUCCGCUUCGAAGCGUAAACAGGGUGAAAGGCCUGAAGCACGUAGUACAGUGCGUGAUUGUGGCACUGAAAACGAUCGGCAACAUAGUGCUGGUCAUGUUUUUGCUGCAAUUCAUGUUCGCAGUUAUCGGAAUCCAACUGUUCAAGGGCACUUUCUACGCCUGCUCAGAUGCCAUGAAAAUGGAAGCUUCCCUUUGCCAGGGCAAGUACAUAGUGUUCAAGAAUGGAGACUUGGACAGUCCGAUUGUGAUGGACAGGGAGUGGAAAGUGAACGAAUUCAACUUCGACAACGUCUUCCUGGCCAUGCUCUCGCUAUACACUGUCAUGACAUUCGAGGGGUGGCCACAAUUGCUGUACAAGUCGAUAGAUUCUCGUGCACCUGACAUUGGACCUAUAAACAACUACCGACCAGUGGUUGCCAUCUUCUACUUCAUCUACAUCAUCGUGAUCGCAUUCUUCAUGGUCAACAUCUUCGUCGGUUUCGUCAUCGUCACCUUCCAGUCCGAGGGAGAGCAAGAGUACAAAAACUGUGAGCUGGACAAGAACCAGAGACAAUGUGUGGAGUUUGCACUAAAAGCGAAGCCACAGAGGAGGUAUGUUCCCACCAACAGACAGCAACUGAGGAUAUGGAAACUGGUGACGUCACAGCCCUUCGAGUAUCUCCUCUUCGUCCUCAUCAUGGUCAACACCAUAUUCCUCGCCAUGAAGUUUCACAAUCAGCCUGCGGAGUACGAGUACGUGUUGGACAUCAUGAACAUGGUGUUCACAGUCCUCUUCACAAUCGAAUUCGUCCUCAAGGUCAUCGCAUUCAACCCAAAGAACUACUUCGCUGACUCAUGGAAUGUCUUUGACACUCUGAUUGUACUGGGAAGUGUCAUUGACAUUACCGUGGCAGAGGUCAAACCUGAUGCCAAUUUGGUCAGCAUCAACUUCUUCCGACUGUUUCGGGUCAUGCGUUUGGUUAAACUCCUCAGCAAGGGCGAAGGCAUCAAGACUCUCCUCUGGACCUUCAUCAAAUCAUUUCAGGCGCUGCCUUAUGUAGCACUGCUCAUAGUGAUGUUGUUCUUCAUCUACGCUGUGAUCGGUAUGCAAAUGUUUGGGAAGAUCAGAAAAGUGGAAGGCACAUCUAUCAAUGAAAACAACAACUUUCAGACAUUCUUUGCUGCUAUCUUGGUUCUCUUCCGGUCGGCAACUGGUGAAGCAUGGCAGGAGAUUAUGCUGGGCUGUGCAAACUACCCUGAUGUGAUGUGCGAUGAGGUGUCAGACCCCUACAAGCUAUGGGUGAAUACGAAGGUCGGACCGGAACCCAAUUGCGGGUCUAUCGCCUCUUACCCAUAUUUCAUCACUUUCUACGCACUAUGCUCAUUCUUGAUUAUCAACUUGUUCGUGGCUGUCAUCAUGGACAACUUCGACUAUCUCACUCGUGAUUGGUCCAUUCUGGGACCCCAUCAUUUGGACGAGUUCAUCCGACAUUGGUCCGAAUUCGAUCCGGAGGCUAAAGGGAGAAUCAAGCAUUUAGAUGUGGUAACACUUCUUAGAAAAAUCUCGCCGCCUCUUGGGUUUGGCCACUUGUGUCCGCAUAGAUUAGCUUGCAAGCGAUUGGUGUCGAUGAACAUGCCCUUGAACAGUGACGGCACUGUUUGCUUCAACGCCACGCUUUUCGCACUUGUUCGGACAAACCUGAAAAUCAAAACUGAAGGCGUCUCCUACGCGGGAAGACGGCGUUCCUUAGCCAGAGGUAACAUAGACGAAGCCAACGAGGAACUGAGGGCGGUGAUCAAGAAGAUCUGGAAGCGCACUUCGCCCCAAUUGUUAAACCAAGUCGUACCGCCACCAGGAGGAGACGAUGAUGUAACAGUUGGCAAAUUCUAUGCCACUUUUCUCAUACAAGACUACUUCCGUCGAUUCAAAAAACGAAAGCAACAAAUUGCUGAGAAACAGGGCAAGGCGGGCGCACUACAGGCUGGACUCCGACAACUUCAGGAGUUUGCCCCGGAACUGAAGAGAGCUAUAUCUGGGAACCUGGAGGAGAUGGAAAAGGAGGAACCGGAACAUCGAAGAAACCACGGACUCUUCGGCAACGUUUUCAACGCCGUUCGUAGGUCCUCUAGCGCCAGCAAACGAGGAGGAAGUUUCAGAGGGGGUGAAAGCAGUCGAACUGCUUCCGUUUCAGACAACGCAAACAGAAGAUCAAUCCAAUCGCCGUUCCAGCGUGAAACGUCAGCGGAACCGAUAGUGAGUAGGAAUUCGAGCAUGCGCAGGACUCCAUCGCCCAAGCAGAGUCCACCCGCGAGAAGGAGAGUUCGAAAAGAACGUGACUUUGACCGCAUCAAGAGAGAGUCUCUGACUGAUGAGCAUGCAAACUUGUCUGACCUGCCAAUCACCGUGAAUGUCGAGGGCCCAUCUCGCCACACGAGCACAGAAGACGUCAACUCCGUGAGUCAGUCGGAAGACCACUCUUUCCAGAAACCCCCUAAAAGAUAUAGCAAUCCACGCUUCUCGCGUCCAUUCGACGACUACAGUAUUGAAGAAAGCGACAGUGAGUUUGACCAGGGUCAGAAAAUGAUGUCCCCGCCCGGAAAGGGAUACAUUGAGUCUUCCAGGACAAUCACCCCAAUUACAGAACAACCCCCGUCGCCAGAUUACUCCAGCAGUCCCGACGAAGAUUCACCUACUAACACGCAGCGAACGAGCAAGUUCACAUUCGGUGACCUCGAAGAAGACGGCGACGAAAUUUGGAUGACGCCGAAAAACUCCUUCACAAACAUCGCCUCGCGGACAGGUGCUUCGGCACCAGGUGCUAGAUGUCCGAAACACGCAGCUGCAGAAUACCUCGCCGCCACACACCUGUUGCGCCAUCAUCACCAUCAUUAUUCUUUGAACUCAACAGGUGUAAUAGGACCCAGUGGAAACCAAGUUGGAGCUCCUAACGUCGGCGGGAUCCCGAAUCAUCAUCAACAUCAGUCUAGUUUAGCCCAACAGUCUCCACACGUGCAUAAUCACACAUUUGGUUCUAACGCGGCAGCAAUUUCUGCCCACCAUGCCUUAGUGCACGGGCGACAUGGGGCUGUGGGUCACACUGGGUUCGGGCCGAACCAGAUUCCGCAGUCUAUCAAAAAGCUUUACAGCCGGAUGCCGACUAACGAUCACGCAAGCUCACUCUCUCUACAUUCGCUGCGACCGUUAUCUGAGAUCAAAAAGGCUAAGUUCCCAGCGCCCUCACUCCCCGCUGCCCUGUCGCACUACCAAAGCCACGGACACUUGCAAGACCCCUCCCAUCUCCAGCCUCAAUCUCAUAACCAGACAGGUCCCAUUCCCCCUCUUCAAAUGAGAGGCGACCAGAGAUUGCUCUCUGAGUGUGGCGAAAACCCACCGAGGCUGUACAAACCCCAAAAUGCCGGAGCAGCCCAAAAUAGCAGAUAUAGACCCCGACUUUUGCGUCAACAGACGACGCCCGCAGUCUAUAACCACGCGGCUCAUUUACAACAUCAUCAGCAGCAACAGCAGGGCCCCGUGAACAACUUCAAUCACCCAGGUGCUAACCACGUGAACAGCAACACUAACGGACUGCCAGGGGGCGUGGCAGGUCCCAACAGCAUGCGCAAUAAGGGGGGCCAAGGGGACUAUGCACUGCACAAACACCUGCUGGAAACAGCCAGUCUGCCCAAUGGAUCCGGAGAUCCGAGUCAACAGAGAACACAGGGAAGUGCCAACAACCUUCUCAGAGAAAUGUUCUCAAAAGAGACCUGGUUCGACGACAAACUAAUUCCAAUAGCCAAGCGGGAAUUGGCAGAAGCCUAUGAGCUGACAGACGACCAGCUGGACUCUCUGGCAGCUGACCUCCUCAAAACAUCUACGCAGCACGAGCAUCAUCAUCACUUGCAGCAGCUCAACAAUCUCCAGCAGCAACAGAUGUCGCCGCAGCAGAUGCACAUGAAUGGCAAUUUAGCCCAGCCAGGGGGCUUCCAGAUGCCCCAUCCUCGUCUGAAACAACAACAGCCAAUGGGUUCAGGGGGUAUGAUGGUGCCUUCAGACAGCAGACAAUCGAUGCAUAAUCACCAACCGCAGCAAAAUCCCAAUAUGCUAUACGCCACCCAACCGAACAUGACCAAUGCCUUCCACAACAAAAACUCAAAUGACGACAACCAAGUUAACCUUAAUGACACUGGCUUCAUUAGGACUUACUGAUUGGUUGAUAACUAUCAUAAAUUGCAUACUCUCCUAACCUUUUACUGUCCUUCCUAGGCGUCAAAAACUGUUAAUUUCAAAUUUCAGUCUUCCUUGAAAUCCUAAAUUUGCAAAACAAAAAUUAUGGUUCAACCGGAUGACAUAUUUCGCCACGUAAGAAAUGGGACACUACUAGGUUAAGGUCAAUAUCUAGUCUUUUGAUUCUUUUGAAGUAAUGUGAUGUGAUCAUCCCUUCAAGUGUUCAACUGCCCUUAAAGGAAAGCUUUCGCAACCCCAGAUGCUUAUUUUUUGACGAUUAACUGCGAAUCUAAAUGUGCAAUACAACUUCUACUUAAUACUUAAAUCUUAUUUUCAUUUCACAAAUGCUAUUUGCAAAUACACCACAAAUUCUCCUUAUAGAUGGUUCAAAAAUAUUCGCUCUCAACUUGUGGCACGAUGAAUUGAACUCUAAAAAAAAUGUUCUUAAUUGUUCACAUUCGAAAUUCGCUCAUUUUUUAUCCUGCAUGCUUUGUACUUUUUAGAUGAUUUUAAAUUAAUUCAGAAUCUUAUUCAGG